GUCGCCGUGCUCUGACGGAUGGGGAUACACUGCCAAGGCGGACUUAGGGGCGAAAAGAGAAGUGUUUCUUUUCUUCUCUGGUGUGUUUUCUUUCUCUUCCGCCUGGCUUCCCUCAUGAGCUGUUAAUUCUAGCCCCGGUCCCGAGGAUGAGGAGGAUCUAUUUGUGAGGAAGGCGCGACAAAGGAAGAGGAAACAAGGAGCAACAGGGUGGUAAAUUCUGCGAGCGGGAGUCAGCGAGAAGACCUUUUCUUUUUCUCCAGGCUCGAGCAAAGGAGUCCUGACUCCCAGCAGCAGCCAUGUGAGAGGAGCUGUCAACAAGCAGAGGAUGCCCACGCCCAGCUAAAACAGAGCAACCCCCCCCCCCCUCCAUCCCUCCCUCCCUCCCAUUCUUUCCACAUGAGGACGAGAAGAUGACUAUCACCAACCGGCAGUCCUUCAAUGUCCUGACGGUCAUCUUCCUCCUGCUGUCCACUGCAGCCCUCUCAGCUCAUUACCGAGUGUGUGAACCCUACUCCGACAACAAGGGGCAUUACCAUUUCGGCUUUCACUGCCCACGACUCACAGACACCAACAAGACCUACAUGUAUUGCUGCCGCCACAACAACAACACCGGCUUCAAAUACUGCUGCAAUGAGACUGAGUUCCAAAUGGUCAUGCAGAUAAACCUCACCACCGACUCAGACGGUUAUGCACAUAAUAAUUAUACAGCCCUGGUUGGUGUGUGGAUCUACGGCUUCUUCGUCAUGGUGCUGCUGGCGCUGGACUUUCUCUACUACUCAGCCAUAAACUACGAGCUGUGCCGGGUCUACCUGGAGAAAUGGGGUCUUGGAGGACGCUGGCUGAAGAAGGCUCGGAGUCAGUGGCAAAGGUCCAUGCCAGACGAGAGCGAAGCCCAGGCUCAAGCCCAGCCCAUGGUCCCCAGCCACUACCAGCCCAGACACAGCCUCAGAGGGGAGAGCCACAGCCCCACACUCCUGCCCUACAACACAUCCACCGCAUGAAUGAAGCUGCGAGUGGACAAACUGAAGAGUAGCAACACCUUGUUUCCUUAUGUGGUACAGAGGAGAUGCCCCACAGAUGCCCCCUUUCUGCACCACAGACACAAACACCAGUGGUGGGCUAGCCAUACUGUAGUAGUUAGUAGUGACUACUGCCCCUUUUCAAUGAGCACAAAACACCCAUGGACUGACAGAAGCAGGCUGAUAUGGCAUUUAGAAACCAAACUGAACAAAGGCUGCCAGGAGACAGAGAGGGCCGCACUGCUGCUACCACAGCAGAGGAGCGACACAUUCAACUGCUCACAGGUGUUCAGUGAUCCCCGGAAGCGGCUGCCAAGGCCUGGAGUAUCCCAAACAGAUCUGAGCUGAACUGGAUAAACUGUACUCGCAAGCGAGGAGGCUUGCCUGUUUUUAAAAAAGAAGCUCAUCUUUCUAGAUAUAAAAUGUUUAUUACACUGCUGUGUCAGUUUGUGUUCAGUAGCAGUUAGACACAGUUGUGGGUUAUCUAUUUGGUGAUUUAUUUAUGUGAACUAGUCAGAGAAAUAUAUGAGUGGUUAACAUUCGGAACAUGUAACAGCUUAGGUUGAUGCUGAGCAUCUCACGUAGACUAGAAUGUUUUUGUUUCUUACUGAAAGCAGACACAAAAUGUCUCUGCAGCCAUGUUAAAAAAAAACAGUAUCUUGUAUGAUAUGUUUUAGGUCUCCUUUCUGCAAAACAAGGGAUUUCUCUAUAUUGUAACGUGUCCAAGAAGGACACAACGCCAUACAGAUUAACUACUGUAGAUCUAAAGGUUUUACAUUAGGUCAUCAAGAUUUCUCUUUUGGUUUAGUGAUGCUGAGAAAAGGAAUCUUGACUUUCGAUAAGUUAUUCACCCUAAACAUCAAUGAGGAUCAGGGAUGCCUUCACAAUAGCAAAGAGCUUCAUGCUAAGUUAAACAUAACCUUAAUCCUUGGCUGUGAGCCUACAAACCCAUUUGAGACCAUUACUUAUAAAGUUAGUGCGAGACAGUUGCCUCGGUAACCUCAUCCAUCGACUUGUUUGCCCUUCCUCAUUACCGGAGCUGCCUGAAAAACAGCUCCAUUAGCAAUAUGAUGCAAAUGAAUUUCCAUUUGGUUCCUUUAUAAGGAGCCCUCUAUAUCCCACAUUGGUAAUAGACAAUUGUAAGCGAUUAGCCAUAAUAGAAAAUGUAAAAAACCCAUUAAAACCCCUUUCACUGUCAGCAAUAAUGUACAGUAGCUUAAUCAGAAGGAUGACAUGGUAUGUAAAAGUCAGAGGCGCCAGCCAAAUGAGCACUGGGAGGGUAGUCAUUGAGGUGUAUCGCAAAGCUUUCAGGUCGGUUUACAUUUAAUAAGAAGGUGAAGUCGAUGAAAUGGAUUUAGAGUAUUUCUGGAUAAUGAACUCGUAUUGUCGCCAACAAUUUCUGGGUCAGCUUUUUUAAGAGGGAAAAGUCAAAACAAUUAUCACUCUUUAAAGAAAAACUUUAGAGCUGCAACUAAUGAAUACUGUCAUUAUCAGACAGUUAUUUUCUCAAUUAGUCAAUGAAUCAUUUGGUCUUUAAAUGUCAGAAAACAGAAAAAAUUGCCUGUUAUUUGUCAGGGAUUGAAAUUGCUUGUUUGAUUUAACUAACAGUCCAAAAGCCAAGGAUUUUCGGUUGUAUUAUAUAUAUAUGUAUAUAUAUAUAUAUAUGAUAAAAUCCUCACAUUUGUAAAAAAAAACAAAAUAAAAUAAAAAAAAAGCUCCGUUAUCUAAUUGCAAUCCUGUAGAGCUGUAACAAAAGAUUAAUUUAAUUAUCAAUUAAUGAGCAAAUUAUCUCUCUUAAUAAAUAGUUAGGUCUCUUAAGUGUCAGAAAAGAGAAAAUGCUUGUUUACUUGUUUUAGCUGACCAACAGUCCAAAGUCUUAAGAUUUUCAACUAUCACAGUGGCCAUAGAAAAGCUGCAAAUCAUCACAUUUGCAAGACUGACAAUAAGGAAUUGUUUGUCAUUCUUGCUUGAAAGAAUGACCAAACCAUAAACUGAUCAACCAAAUAGUGAGUUGGACGAAUUAAUGAACUGACUGUUUGUUUAAGCUCUAAAAUCACCACAGUUAAGGAAAAAGGUAUUACUUUAUGCCCAAAUCCUAAUCAACUACUGAGACAAAUUCUCUGUAAUCCAUAAAAUGCUAAAAACAGACAAAGCAGCUGUUGAUGCCAGACUGUAUAUGAGCGACAGCAUAUGAAGACCAGGUGGACAGACGUUGGCAUGGUAGGGGAGAGGUAUCGCUCCCAAUCUUGCAUCUGCAACUGCUACUCUGGCAGCUGCCGAGCCUGUGCGUGUACAAAAUCUCUGGUCCGUGCAAACAUUAACAUCCCUGCUGAAAGCUAACGGGAGAUACCAUUAAUUGUUCAGAGUUGGCUAUAAGCCAGCCAUGAGACUUGCGGUCUUGCCAUCAUAUUUUACCUCCCUGUUUCAUCAAGUCCGAGUGGACCCUCUAAACAGAACUCUGCUCAUGCGUUGUUAACAGGGCCUGCAGGCGUCACCCUCAGUUAUCAGCAAUAAUAUUCACAUUUGCUGAGUUGUUAGAGCAAGUUAAUUCCCAUUUCAGUGGCUAAAGUUUAAUUGCGUGUGUGCCCCAGCAGGUUCGUGCUUUCAGGGGCAGAGAAAUAGGAUGUGGCCAAAUGGAAUAAUUGGCCAAGGGUUCAGCAAUUGUUCUAAAUUGCAGUCUCUUUCUGUAGCUGCCUCUUUAUUCCCAGAGUGUGAACAGCAGCAGCAAACAGGGAGAAGUUUUUAACAGAUGCAGCAGUACGAAGAAGAUUAAUUAGUUCCUAAUGCUGGAUAAGCGGGAGAGAUCUGCUAUGCUAGAGAACAUGUCGCUUUUCAGGGCUCUAUGCUGUGUGCUCUGACCUGUAAUAAAGCAAAGGUUUGUUCUUAUCACCAAUAAAGUAAUAGUCACACCCAGGGAAGAAGAAAAACUAAUUUUGCCUCUGACAAGCAGUAGCAGGGUCAAAAAUUGAUUCUUUCCCCCAUUUCUCAAAAUGUUACAACUUGGUUUUGUGAUGUUUUCUGUUUUGUUUGAAAACAGUCUUGACUCUGGCCUGAUGUGAUGUGGUACUGUAAAUCGUAUCAGCUCAACCCUCUUCCCAAAAAAAAUAAAUAAAUAACAAUAAAAAACACAAAUAAAAAACGGUGGGAAGAAGCGAGCACACAUCUGUUUCAGUCUCUCCAGGUUGUCAUGGUAACAGUUGCCUUACAGUUGAAUACCCACCUGUACACAGAAGCUUUGUAGUGGUUGAUACCUCACUUUUUGGGUGUGGUGGUGAUGAUAAUGUGCACCACGUUCUGUCUAUGUAUUUACUACUAGAUAGAAUGAUCAGUACCGUUUUCAGUUGGAUUGUUAUUGCACUUGUUGACUUUGUAUUGUCACGACAGGGAGAAAUAAAGUUUUAUCUUUUCCAGUGUGUUUAAAACCCUCUGCAUCAGGUCUUCUUCGGGGGAAAAAGCAUAAUUUCAUUAAGCCUUGAAAGCCAAGUUCCUUACAGAGUCUGGAAACAGACAAAGAUUAAUAGAAGGUUAUCAGAGAAGUCUAAAAAAUGAAUGAUUAUAUCAAUAAAUCAUACUGUUUUUACUUGAAAUGGAGUGGCAACGUUGGUUAGAAAUAGAGAUAACAAUUUAAUUCUGUCCUUAACCCCCAAUGAUUUGAUAAAAAUAAAUUAAAACUUUAUUUCACACUUUCA